UGUAGAUGGAACCACCUUGUAAUUGCAGUUCAUAGCUAUUGUUUACUAGGAGGACCUGGGUUUUCGUACGAUGAAUUACCCAAUUUCACUAUACGAAUAGCUAUAUAUUCUGUAAAACCAGCAAACAAACUUCAUACUAGAGGUUUCCAAUGUCUUGGGUUUCCACGUUUCCACAGGGAGCAAAGGGGGAAGGAAGCAAGUUGUGGUUUGUCUAUCAACAAUUUCAAUGGAUAUCCAUAUAUCAUGGAUCUUCCGAAAUAUCUCCAGCUCCCUACAUAACACCACUAAACAGCGUGCGACUUCAGCGGCCUCAUCUAUAGUACCUAGAACCCACACUCCUAAAAAUAAACUUGUUUGAAGGCGAUGAAACAAAAAAAAAAAAUCUAGAACAUCGCACAACGUAUAGGUAAUCAUAAUAAUAAUAAUAAUGUCCGAGACCAUUCGUCUCCCCCACAAACCCGAUUCCCCGCUCUCGUAUCAAUUCCUGCCGGGACAAGGUUCCUCCUCCACCACCCACCUCGUCGUCUUCCUCAACGGCCUCAUCGUCCCCCAGGACGGCUGGGCGCCCACUAUACGAGACCUGCAGCGGCGAUGGUCCGAGAAGGGCUCUAGCAGCCACCCCCCGCUGCUCACGUACGACCGCUACGGCCAGGGCCAGUCGGCCCGCGACCCCGCCGACGCCGCGCGCGGCGGCACCCACAGCAUCCAAGAGGUCGUCGGCGACCUGCACACCCUCGUGCGCCAGAUCUGGCGGAUCAAAGUGCGCGCGACGACGACGACGCGCCGCAAGUGCCCGCGCGAGCCGCGGACCACGCCUCGGCUCAUCCUCGUCGGCAACAGCAUCGGCUGCGUGAUCGCGCGCCUGUACGCGGCCGAGUACCCGGGCGCCGUCGAGGCGCUCCUGCUGCUCGACAGCAACAUCGCGAACAGCGACCUCGUGUCAAUCUUCCCGGACCCGGACGCGCGCGGCUUCGACCCGGCCGCCGACCUGCCGCCCGACGUUACUAUCGCGGACCUGCGGCGCACGCGCGAGGGCUACGCCGCCGUCUUCCACCCGGCGGCGCCGAACCCGGAGCACCUGGACCGCCGCGCCGUCGCGGCCCUGCUGCCCGACGCGGACGCGCCGGCGCUGGUUGGCCCUGGCGGCGACGGCCCGCUUGUUACGGUCGUGGGACAUGAUUGGAAUGCGUUUGCUGAGGAGGGGUUGCGCGGGUUCAUGCGUGUGCCUAAGAGCCUGACGAAUUCGUUCAUGAACCCGGCUUGGACGAGGUAUAAUGAGGGCCUGGUGCGAAUAACGGAUGCGCUGAGGGCGCGAGGUCCCGUGACGGCGGUUGGAUGUGGACAUUUCAUUCAGAGGGAUGACCCGGUGCUGGUUGCGGAGCUGGUGGAGGAUCUGCUGGGCAAGGUGAGGGAUUGGAAGCGGUGGCGGUAGUAUUUCGUGCUACGACAGUGCUUGGACGGGCAUAGGUGCUGGUGUUGAGGGCUGCGGUCUGUUCACAUGGAGUUCACCUGUACCUCUACCUCAUGACGGCGUUUGAUUAAGCAGCGAUGGUUUAGCGAUUGCAUUUUCUCCUGCUUGCUCCAGUCACCAUUCACUGUGUACACUAUUCUGAUGAGCCUCUACGAGCAACGUUUCCAGUCAUGAAAAGUAGCGUCUGUUUUGUUCAUUAAGCACCUAUGUACCUACCUCCAAGGUAGAAGUUACACAUAGGUAGGUAGUUUAUAUGAUAGAUCAAAAAGCGAUGAGCCUGGCCCUGAAGGAGACGUCAUCCAGAAAUAACUUUGUUACAACGUUGCCGUUGCGCGCCAUGU